ACGAUAUUAAUUAUUGUUACUAGACAUGCUGGGAUAUACUCUCGUUUGGCUGGGCGUUGCUCUCUGGGCAGUGUCUGGCUCUGCGAUGCUUGUGGAUGAGAAGAUCCAAGGAGCAGCAGAAUUGCACUCCUGGGAUCCAAGGGACUCGGUGGACGAUACGCCUUCGGAUCUGAGGCGUGUAGUUGAAGAGCGCUAUCUUUCUCGCAUGCCGAAAAUGAUCACCCCUUUGGCGAUAAUGAAAUACUUCAGGGUAGAGAGGAUGGCCAAAAACGAGACAACAGGACCAGGGUUGUACUUCAAGUACUGGGGGCUAGACAUCACAUAUCCCAGAAUCAUGACGUGCAAGCCUGUGCUCUCUGAUGUGAUAGGCUUGGAGAAAACAAUUGUCUGUGGCAAGGGGCAGGCUUGCAAGAUCUCGAGAACCGUGACUUUUCUCGACACCUACACGAACAGCGUGGGAUGGAAAAUCGGUGGCUCAGUUGGCGCGGAUAUUGGAGUCGGCGAAGGCUUCACUGUCAAAGUUUCGGGGACCUACGAGAAAAAUUAUCAGGAAACCUGGGCGAGAGCCGACGGAACAACAACCACAUACGAGUUUAGUUUGAAAGAGAACAGCAGCUGUACUCCAAGCAUGGUACAUGUCGAUCUGCUAUGCGACAUCGAGGAGGCCAUCUAUAAGUUCGACGCACGGUUUAAAAGCGAAAAGGGUAAAGGGGAUUAUUUGAUACUGGAGAAUGACUUAAACAAAGCCGACCGCCUUCAGCACUGCAUGAUUCUUGAUCUGGUCGCCGAGGGAGUGAGAGAUGACCCCAAAAAUGGCAUGCAAUGGGCACCAUUGUGGCCCAAAGACCACGAUAGAGGAUUCCUCUUUAUGGGAUCCGUCACGUCGUUGAAUCAAUAUCGCUUGCUUUCCGACGACCACCAAAUUCGGCCGGACGAAAUCGUAAUCAGGUCAAAUCCCCGCAAGGGGAACCCGUACCCGAACAGAGUAUUUGUGUGUCCUCCCGAUAACCCUCUCCGGAGAACAGGCCUGGCCCGAGUGCCCCUGAAGCAGCUUGACGAUAAGCUCCUUGGUGCGGUUGGGUGCGUUUAA